ACUUUGGAGUUUUGUGUUCCAGCUGUUUUCAGAGCAGAUUUGUGUUUAUUUUCUGUUCUGUCAUGCAGGUUUUCUCACCUCCUCCUCUUCUACUUCUUCCAUCUGUUCUCUUGUUCUUCCUCUAUCCUUACACCCCAGCUGAUGGCGGCCACGUUCUUGUUUUUCCCGGCGAGUACAGCCACUGGUUAAACAUGAGGAGCAUCAUGGAGGAACUCGUCAGGAGGAAUCACUCUGUCACCGUUUUAGUUGCUGACGCAUCGCCAUCAGUCAAUUACAACAACAGCCGUGAUGCCACCAAGUUCAACUUCCUUGUCUUCAAGGUCCCGUUCAGCAGAACCGCACUUCACGGCCUCACUCUGGACUUCAUCCACUUCUUCAUACACGAGUUUCAUGUCUCAUCUCUGCUGAAGACGUUGUGGAAGAUGAGUGAUUGGCUGCAACGGUCGAUCGACUUGGGGAUGCGUCAGUGUGACGCCAUGUUGAAGAAUGAGCAGCUGAUGAAAACUCUGCGGGCUGCUGCGUUUGACGUCGUCCUGCUCGACCCGAUGGUGAUGUGUGCUGACCUGGUGGCAGGUGUGCUCGAUCUGCCUUUCGUCAUUUCGCUUCGCUUCUCGUUUGGCGGCGUACUGGAGCGUCACUGUGGCCACGCGCCGGCGCCGCCGUCCUACGUCCCACCCGCUCCGCUGCCAUACAGCGACCGAAUGACGUUUGUGGAGCGGCUGACGAGCGUGAUGACAUAUGUGUGGACAUCCGUGAUGAGCGAGGUGUUCUGGAUGCUGACACUGGAUAAAUAUUACAGUGAGGUCAAAGGAACUCCCAGCAGCGUGUGCCAGAGUCUGGGCAAGGCUGACAUCUGGCUCAUCAGGACCUUCUGGGACCUGGAGACGCCGCGCCCGAUUCCACCUAAUUUCAAAUACGUGGGCGGUCUGCACUGCAAACCAGCCAAUGGGCUGCCACAGGAAUUGGAGGUGUUCAUGCAGAGUUCAGGUGAUGCCGGCGUGGUGGUGGUUUCCUUCGGAUCCAUGGUAACCAACCUUACGACAGAGCGUGCUGAUGUCAUUGCUGCCGCCUUCGGACGAGUCCCACAGAAGGUGAUUUGGAGGUUCAGUGGAGAAACUCCUAAAACUUUGGCAGCAAACACGAAGCUUUCUGAUUGGAUACCUCAGAAUGACCUGCUGGGUCACCCAAAGACCAAAGUGUUUGUGACGCACGGCGGCACCAAUGGUUUGUACGAGGCCAUCUAUCACGCUGUGCCGAUGGUUGGAGUUCCGCUGUUCGCCGAUCAGUCUCUUAACCUCGCCCGUCUGAGCCGUCAAGGCGCUGCCAUCGUCCUCGACUUCAACCGUCUGACAUCUGACGAGCUGACGGAAGCGCUCCAUGCCGUCAUCAACCAGCCGGGCUACAAGUCCAGCAUGGAGCAUCUGUCAGCACUGCACCGCGACCAGUUGGUGGCGCCACUGAGCACCGCCGUCUUCUGGGUGGAGUUUGUGAUGCGACACGGCGGAGCACGACACCUGUGGCUGGCAUCACAUGACCUGAACUGGUUCCAGUAUCACAGUGUGGACACCUGUGCCACCCUGCUGAUCGCCAUCCUGACCGCCAUCGCCUUCUGCUGGGGGGGGCGGAGCUGCUGCAGGCAGCUAAGAGAGAAGAACGACUGACAAGUUAUAGUGAGGACUUGCAAACGUCCAUGUUGUGUUCAUAUCGCUGCUGCUCCCUCACCAGCGGGUGACGUAGGCAUUUCCUGUCAUCUUCUCCUGAACAGAUAUUUCUCCACGUCGAUGGAAAAGAUCAGAACAUCCAAGAAAGAUUUCAUGAAAAGCUUAAUGAGACAUUAAAGCUCUGAUCCCUGUG